AUGUCCACCACACUCCAAACAGUCUUCAUAACUGGCGCCUCGAGUGGCAUCGGUCUUGCCACGGCAAAGUACUUCCACGCGCAAGGGUGGAAUGUCGCCGCGACGAUGCGCACCCCAUCCAAGUGCAAGGAACUCACCGAGCUUGACUCGCCACGCAUGUUCGUCACGCGUCUCGACCUCGAGGAAUACGACUCUAUCAAGCACGCUAUUGACGCCGUCAUUGCGAAGUUCGGCGUCAUCGACGUGCUCAUCAACAACGCUGGGUACGCGCAGCGGGGGCUCUUCGAGGCUAUCUCAAGGGAGACUGUCCAGAAACAGUUCAACGUGAACCUUUUCGGCGUCAUGGACGUCACACGCCUCCUCCUCCCGCACUUCCGCGCAAACGGGCACGGCGGCGUGAUCAACAUCUCCUCGGGCGCCGGCUUCGUGUGCAUGGGGACGAUCACGAUGUACAACUCGUCCAAGUUCGCGCUCGAAGGGUUCGGCGAGGCGCUCUCGUACGAGCUCGCGUCGCAGAACAUCUUUGUCAAGACCGUCGUGCCGCACGGCGGCGUCUCCGGCACCGAGUUUGGAACCCGCUCCAGGAGCGAGAUGGCGGUCCCGCGCGGGACACUUGGUGGCGGGCCAGAUGGGCAGGGCGAGGAGCUGACAUCGUAUGAAGGGUUUACGAAGCAACUGCAGGCCGUGUUUGCGGGUAUGAAUGGUGGGAUUGUUACCUCUUCGGAGGACGUUGCGAAGGUUAUCUGGGGGGCGGCGACGGAUGGCACGACGAAGUACCGAUACUUUGUGGGGCCGGAAAGGGAUGAGUGGAUAGCCGCGAGGUAUGAGAGCAAUUCUGAUGAGGAGUACAUGGCGAAGAUGCGCGCAUUCCUUACUUAG